AUGGAUGCCUAUAUCGCAGAUUAUGACUGUCUGCCAUUCGAAGCUCUUAUGGGCUCAUCGUCCAUUUGCAGUAGCUAUGUGAUUCGCAAGGCAUUAAUUAGGAAGCAUUACCUAGCUAAUGCUAUCCAUUCUUUCCACGUAAAGCACCCGAACCAUGUGCCCAAAGUUCCGAAGACUUGGAUGUUGGACAUCCAAUUUGCGGAUGAGCUGGACGAAAUGCUUGCCGACGAUUUAUAUGACCUGCGCGAAGAACUAGAGCGUAACGAAUCUUCAGAAAAGAAGUCUUGGUUUAUCUUGAAACCUGGUAUGGCAGAUCAGGCCAACGGAAUUCGGAUAUUUUCAUCUGUGCAGGAGCUCGUGCGCAUUUUUGAAGAACUUGAAGAUUCAGACGACGAGAACAAAGAUAUGGAAGAUACAGAGCAAGGCAUUGCAAGCCAGUUGCGGUUCUUUGUCAUUCAAGAGUACAUUUCUAAGCCGUUGCUAGUAUCCCCAUGCGAUCCAAGCAGUUCGCCAAGAAAGUUCCAUCUGCGCGUGUAUGUGAUCUGCUGGCAGAUCUGCGUGGUCAUUUAA